AUGGCUUCCUCCUCCGCUGUCUCCAACAGUAGUGCAUAUAGGUCAACCAGGCAAGUUCGAAGAAGGUGCGAUUGUGAUGAACUAGUUGGUAGGUGGACUUCAUGGAAACUGAAGAACCCUGGAAGGAGAUUCCUUGGUUGCCCCAAUUACAAGGUGAAUGUCUUUGAGUCUUUAAAUGUGAGGUUUUUAUCUUCAUGGAAACCGAAGAACCUUAUAUCAGUUAGAUGUGAGGAUAAGGAGAAGGAUUGCAAAUUCUUUGAAUGGAUAGAUCCUCCAUUACCAAACAACUGGUACAAACAGAUGAUCUAUGAUUUUCACAACCAGGAAUUCAUGGACUCAAUGAUGAAGAAUUUGAAGACUUUAUAG